CAGUCAACAGUGAUUCCUAGUUCUUAGGUGCAGAAAAGAGAGACCCAGACAGUGGUUACGAGCCUGGGAUUCCUCCGGAGAGAAACUGGUGUACGCUCGAGUCGCGUUGAGAGAGCCUGCCAAAGAGCCUCCACCCUGAAGCCUCACCAAAGGCCCAAAGGCCCAGGAGCGGAAAGGUCAUUCCGACCGGGUCCUGGAGUCGAGGACAGUCUGCACCGCGGACGCGGAAUACCAGAGGAAGACAGAGUUCGCCGGAACCCCUAGCUGCCGUAGGCCGAGGUGGAGCGAAGGCUCCAUCCUGGGGCAGCGUCGGCCCAUUACACCGCGCUCCUCGUGCUUUGGAGAAGACCCCCUACCUCUCCCAAACUCGAGGUCCCAACACUGCAGCAGCUCAUACUGCGUCCACUUGAAGAACGACCCCGAAAGUCAGAAAAGUUGGUAUUGGGGCGAAAUGAAAUGUUCCACCCACUCAAGCAAGUAGGGUACAUCUGUGUCAGACGCAAAUGACAUGUUUUCAACACUUUUUGAAAUUUCAAAGAAACGAGUAAGCACAUCCUCAGAAAACCGACAGGGUUUUUACUCAGGUGGUGCAGGCCUGAGGUUGCACGCUCACCUCGGUCGCCGCCCGGGGUGCAAGCUCGGCUUGGUCUAUUCAGCUAGCAGGCUGAUAACCGAGAGCUGGCCAGAAGCCUCUCAUGGGCGGCUCUCUGAACCACUGUGAGUGUCUUCACUGUGUUCAGCCUUCCGCCUUCUCUCUUAUUACUCUAGGGAGCCCUUCCACCGGAUCUGCCGCGUGUCCCGGCAACCGUUGCUAGGGGGCGGGGUUCAUCUUGCCCGAGCCCCGGAUGCCCGCGGCUCACGAAUAUUUGGGUAUUCAAAUGAGCCCCGCCCCCGUUGCCAUGGCGCCAGGUCCGCAACCCCACCGCGGUGAUAAAAAUAUAAAAGCCCUCACUUGAGAGAGCGACCGCCGCGGUGGAGGGGCCCAGGGCUGCGCCCCAAGUCUUGGGCACCCUAGCCCACCCCUCAGGUGUUACAUGUAGACACAUGUGGCCCCCUUGCCCGGAUGUUUGACCUACAGCAGGAGCCAGCUACCUUCAGGUUGGACGUGGAUGGACCCAGCCUGGGAUGGAUCCCAGGGGUCUCGACCAGGCACAGCUAGUAUCCGGGUACGGGAGCUGAGCUGGCAGGGCCUAAACAACCCCCAACCACAAAACAAGAGACUGGGCAGCCAUGGGGAUAUCUACAGGGAGCGGCGGGUGGAGGAGCAUCUAUCCCCUGCACGACUGCAGGCCCUGGCCCAGGUAGAUGACCUCCAACUGGUGAGGGUCCUGGAGAUGUGUGUGGACACCCGUAAGAACAGCCUGGGGAACUUCGGAAUGCACCUUCCUAACCUGAUCCAACUGAAGCUGAACCACAGCUGCCUGGGCUCCCUCAGAGACCUGGGCACUUCUCUGGGCCAACUGCAGGUGCUGUGGCUGGCUCGCUGUGGCCUGACUGACUUGGAUGGCAUUGGCUCCUUCUUGGCACUGAAGGAACUUUAUGUCUCCUACAACAACAUCUCGGACCUGAGCCCACUGUGUCUGCUGGAGCAGCUGGAGGUGCUGGACCUUGAGGGCAACAAUGUGGAGGACCUGGGGCAGAUGCGGUACCUACAGCUGUGCCCACGCUUGACCACGCUUACAUUGGAGGGGAAUCUAGUGUGCCUGAAGCCAGACCCUGGCCCUUCUAACAAGGCACCUCAGGACUACAACUACAGAGCAGAGGUAAAGAAGCUCAUCCCCCAGCUCCAUAUCCUAGAUGAGGUACCCACCACAUGCACCAACUUGCCUGCUCCCCAGAAGCUGAGCCAGGACUGGCUGAUGGUGAAGGAGGCCAUCAAGGAAGGCAACGUGCUUGACAUUCUCCUGCCUCGGCUGGAGUGUUCCCAUGGAGCCACCAUUCGGAAAUUUGACCCAACCUUGCCUGUGCCUGAGACCCAGCCAUGGGCCUUGUCCCUGCUGGUCCCUGAGGGCCCCUUGCCUGAAGGUCUGCUUUCUGAGAACCCAGCCGCAGAAGACCAUGCCAGCAACCUCACCCAUGGUCCUGGUCAAGUUCUCUGUGGGAACCCCACCAAAGGCCUACGGGAACGUAGAAACCAGUACCAGUCCUCUUCUCCAAAGACAGCUGGAGUUCCAACAGGAAAGACUUACUCAUGUCCAGGCCCAGGACCCACAGAAGGCUCCUAUAGAACAGGAAGACCAGACUGGACCCAAGACUUCCCUAACCCCGCUACGCCUGGCCUCAGAACUUUCCAGGACAUCAGGCUUUCACUUGAUCCCUUCUCCCCCAAAGUACCCAAUGCCACCUGAGUCAGGCAUCAGUUCCUUGGGGAGAUCUGCAGACCUACCCUUCAGAGGACGUAGGCUGAGAGUCCUGGGCAGCUUGGGGCCUAGCCUGGGUGAGGGGUCUGUCCUGGGUGAGAGGUUGGCCUUGAGAGCCCUGGAGGUGUCCUCAGACCCCAGCCAUCGAGCCCAGGGAUGUCCAGAUCCCAAGCCAUCACUAGGCCCGGCAACUUGUCCUCUAGGGCUCCACUGCCUCCAUCACCUGAACCCUAUCCCUCCAGCCCAUCCUUUCCCUUAGCGUAGCCCUCCCUUGCUGACAUCUCUUGGCCUAGGUGGGGCCAAAAUGAAGUGGGUGAACUUGGGGCUGGACUUUUUAGAGGUCCCAGGACUCUGGGUCAUCUAUAUGGCCCAAAUUCUGAGCCUGCUAAUCCUAGGGUUCAAAAUGGCACAACCAUCCUGGGAAGGUUUGCAGGUUCCCUUAUGUGGGGCAGUUCCUUUCUCUUGGGACACCAUAUAACCUUUGUAAAAGCCAAGCGAAACAUUUUCAACUCUCAGGUAUGCAGAAAUGUGCUUUACUUUAUAAGCAAUGGUUGGUUCAAUAAAUUAUGAAGCUGGCA